AUGUCUGGCACCGAGUCGACUGAGGAGCCUUGCAACAGCAUGGCAGAGUCGCAGACUCUGUCGGCUUUGGAGUCUGAAGAGCGGCUGACUCGCAAGGAUUCUGGCUCGCAAUCGCAAAGCCCUGCUAAACGACCCUUCGCCUUUUCGCCCCACAGACUAAUCACAUCGAUAUCGCGACAUACGUCGCCUCACAAGCCGCGACCGAAAUCUCAGUCAAGGGUGCCCACCCCGAAAGCGCAUCCUCUACCGCCACACCGCCUAGUCAGUCCUGAGAGAGAUAAGCCCUCCAUAGAAGGCAUCUCAAAAUCGUUUGUGAGUUUCCUCACCGCUGCCAGCGUUUAUGCUGGGUUCCAGGAUUUAGAAGGAGAAGACCAACAGGUAUCGCUUGACGACGUUUCUGCGGGCGAAUCAGAGGACCAGCAAGAUAACGAAUCGUCUGAUGAACAGGACGACGACGAUCAGGACGACAGAACUUUUUACGCCACAGACCCUUCGCCCACCGAGCUGACGAUUAAUGAGAACACAGUAUUGCCAGAGCCCGAACCACCACGUCGGACGCUCCGCAAAGCCAGGUCUCGGUUCGAAUUUUCUGUGGUAAAGAGACUCUCCGAGAAUGAGAAUGAUCAGCUGGCCCAGAAGAGAGCUGUCGCCCUAUCGAACAAGCUGAAGAGAACGUUUGACAUUUCCGACACAGAUGAGUUCAUCAGCGAUUAUCCGUGCUGGCUGAUGGGAGAAGUUCUGCUGCAAGGCCAUCUCUAUAUCACCAAGCACCACAUCUUGUUCUUUGCAUUUUUGCCCAAAAAACAGGGUUCCAUCUCGAAAUCGGGCGCGCUGACCACAAAAUCGUAUCCGUCUCUUAGGGAGCACCGCAGAUGGGCUGUCUUACGCAACAACACCUUCAGCGUGUAUUCCAACUCGACAGCUCUCUAUUUUCCACUACUGGUGAUCGAUCUCCGUACUGCGCUGCGGGCGGAAAUUCUCCAAAGCAGUAGCACGCAACAGAAUCCAAGCAAGCCCGUGUGGAUUCGAAUAAUCACAGAGUCAAGAACGCACUGGUUCCUAGCCGACAAUUUAGCUUCGGCUAGAUCCUGGGUUUCGAGUCUGAAGAAGCACAUUUUCUCAUCAAAAAAUAAAGGCGACCAGGUGGCGAUCAAGAUCCCUUUGCAGAAUGUGGUUGACUUGGAGCUGACCUCUGUCAUAGGAGUCACCAAGAAUUUGAGAAUCAAAGUCAUCGAAAGUGCAGACACUUUUGCCAUCGAUGACUACUUCCUCAUGUUCUUUUCAAGAGGAGAAAGAGCCGUCGAGGAUAUCAAGAAAGUUAUUCACGAUGCAGGCAUGGAGAUCUCAGAGGGGACAAGCACUGAGAGUGAGGAGGAGCCGGGAAUGGAAAACAAUCUUCUGAAAUCUAAGAUUGAGCUGCUAAAAAAAUCUCCGUCCAUGGUGCAGACCUCUCGUAAGUCGGGCAUCCCUGCCAUCCGAACGGAGGAGUCUGCUGACGACCUCAGCCAGGAGGAAGGGUCCGUGCAAAGCUCAAAGUUUGUGUCUGAUGAUGACAUUGAGGCGGCAGACGAUAACGAAAUGCUGGAAGACACGCAACCAGAAGACAAUCUGAAAGAUGCUGAGAAGGAGAGCCAGGAAAAGAUGUCUAGAACUAGUAGUCGUCGUGCAUGGUCGACAAGGUCUUUAGUACAGGGCCUAAGUGCUAUUACUCAAGGGUGGAUGUCGCCAUCUCCCAUGGCUCAUUUCGACGAGAAAUACGCGAUGGUGCGAGGAGAGGAGGACUCAUACUUUGUCAAGGAUUCGGAGCAGCGUAAAUCAGCUACGGAGCGGUUCAGAAAGCACUUUUCUCUCACGGAGAGUGAAAAGCUUAUUGCCACAUACCAUGCGUACUUGGUCAAGGGACUUCCUGCCUACGGCAAAAUAUAUCUUGGGUCCAACGAGAUGUGUUUCCGCUCCACAUUGCCCGGCACAGGAACAAUAAUGAUCCUUCCCUUUUUAGAUAUCGAAAACGUGAACAAGGAGAAGGGUUUUCGAUUUGGAUACUCUGGGCUAGUGGUCGUCAUUCAUGGCCACGAGGAAUUGUUUUUCGAGUUUGCCAGCGACCAGGCUCGUGACGAUUGCGAGUUCAUGCUUUUGAAGCAGAUGGAUAUGUUCAAGAAAGGAAGCACCGAUAGCAGUCCUCCAAAUGCGAGCGAAGGUUCGAGCGAUGAGAGCUGCAACCUGGCGGAGUCGAAUACAAGUUUAGCAUCUGCCAGAUUGAGGAUGUUUGAGAACCGUAUCCAUGAUGCGAUAGGCUUGGAUGUGCCGAUUAUCAUAGAAGAGCAUCCAUUGACAAAAACCAAAGUUCGGCCACAGAAAUCUUACAAAUUCACACUUUUGACGAUUGGAUCGCGAGGAGACGUUCAGCCAUACAUUGCGUUGGGAAAGGCUUUGAUAAAAGAAGGCCACCAGGUUCGUAUUGUCACCCAUGCUGAGUUUGAGCCCUGGAUUAAGGCACACGGUAUCAAGUUUGCUUCGAUAGCGGGGGAUCCAUCUGAACUCAUGGCACUGAUGGUCACCCAUCCAACCAUAAACUACAACUUUAUAAAGGAGGCAAAGUCGAAGUUCCGAAGCUGGAUCGACGACCUAUUGGUCACAUCCUGGAAAGCGUGUCAGGACACAGAUAUUCUGAUUGAGUCUCCUUCUUCAAUAUGUGGGAUCCACAUUGCUGAGAAGCUGCAAAUUCCUUACUUUCGUGCUUUUACCAUGCCAUGGACACGUACAAGAGCGUAUCCUCACGCUUUCAUGGUUCCUGAUCAAAAACUGGGCGGCGCCUACAACUAUAUGACCCAUGUGGCUUUUGAAAACGGAUACUGGCGAGGAACCGCUCAUCAGGUGAAUAAAUGGCGUGUUGAGACGUUAGGACUGCCAAAAACGUCUUUAGCCGAGAUGAAGCAGAAUAGCGUUCCUUUCCUCUACAACAUCUCGCCAACAGUCUUCCCUCCUUCUGUGGAUUUUGUUGAGUGGGUCAAAGUGACCGGUUACUGGUUUUUGGAUGAAAGCGAGACAUACCAGCCACCCGAAGCUCUAAGUAAGUUCAUUGAGCAGGCGAGAAAAGAUGGCAAAAAACUGGUUUACAUAGGAUUUGGGUCCAUCGUGGUCUCCAAGCCGUCAGAACUUACCCAAGCCGUCGUGGAUGCCGUUCUCGAGGCCGAUGUCAGGUGCAUACUGAACAAAGGGUGGUCGGAUCGUCUGGGAGCUAAGACGGAGAUUGAGGUCAUGCUUCCGCCUGAGAUAUUCAAUGCUGGAAGCGUGCCCCAUGAUUGGUUAUUUCCCCAAAUCGACGCUGCCGUUCAUCAUGGAGGCUCUGGAACCACAGGGGCUUCGUUGCGAUUUGGCCUGCCGACAAUCAUCAAGCCGUUUUUUGGCGACCAGAAGUUUUACGCGGGAAGAGUCGAAGAUCUUGGAUGCGGGCUUAGUUUGAAGGAUUUGAACUACAAAAGUCUUGCGCGGGCACUCAAGGAGGUGACCACCAACACAAGGAUUAUCGAGAAGGCCAAACUUGUCGGAGCCAGAAUCCGGUCCGAAACAGGCGUUCAAACUGCCAUUGAAACAAUUUACAACGAGAUGGAGUACGCUCGAAGCCUAUCUAUCAGCAAAGUGAAACAGGUUUCUGUUGUCAAGAGCGACGAGGAGUUUGACGACGACAAAGACGAGGAAGUCGAAGGCUCGUGGCUACUUGUUUGA